CCGCAGAACGCUGGGCGACGGGUGCGACGCGGGCGCCUGGCAGAGUUGUUCCGGCCCUUCCCGCGAAGACGGGAGGAGUGGUUUUGACCAGGUGGAUGUGGACAGAGAAGCUUGCAGAACUGAAAUGGAGGUCAGAGCUUCAUUACAGAAGGUUAGUGGGUCAUCGGAUUCUGUGACUACACUCAACAGUGAAGAAUUUGUUUUGGUUCCUCAGCAUGGAGGUGAUACUUCUACAAAAGAUGAUGAAAAACCAGAACUGAAGAUAGUUUCUAAUGGUAAUGAACAACUGGAAAAAGCCAUGGAAGAGAUUUUGAGAGAUUCAGAGAAGGGGCAAAGCAGCCUUCCUGUUGAUUGUCCAAGUUCCAGUGAGAUUUCAGACCAUUCAUUUGGAAAUAUUUCAGCCAGACAAACAAAUAAGCCAUCUCUUCAGUUAAUUUUGGAUCCAUCAAAUACAGAAAUUUCUGCACCCAGACCAUCUUCUCCAAGUGAGAUACCUGAAGAGGAUAGUGUUUUGUUUAACAAACUGACCUAUUUAGGAUGGAUGAAGGUUUCUUCCCCACGUAAUGAAGUGGAAGCUUUACGGGCAAUGGCAACUAUGAAGUCUUCCAGUCAGCACCCCUUUCCUGUUACUCUGUAUGUGCCAAAUGUUCCGGAAGGUUCUGUGAGAAUCAUAGACCAAUCCAACAAUAUGGAGAUAGCAUCUUUUCCAAUUUAUAAGGUAUUGUUCUGUGCACGUGGCCAUGAUGGGACAACAGAGAGCAAUUGCUUUGCAUUUACAGAGAGUUCCCAUGGUUCGGAAGAAUUCCAGAUACAUGUCUUCUCCUGUGAAAUUAAAGAAGCAGUAAGCAGAAUUUUAUAUAGUUUCUGUACAGCUUUCAAACGUUCUUCUAGACAAGUAUCUGAUGUUAAAGACUCAGUUAUUCCUACCCCUGACAGUGAUGUGUUUACCUUCAGUGUCUCCUUGGAGGUAAAAGAAGAUGAUGGAAAAGGAAACUUUAGUCCUGUGCCUAAGGAUCGAGAUAAAUUUUAUUUCAAAUUAAAACAAGGAAUAGAGAAGAAGGUUGUGAUUACAGUGCAGCAACUUUCUAACAAAGAAUUAGCUAUUGAAAGAUGUUUUGGAAUGUUAUUAAGCCCAGGUCGAAACGUGAAGAACAGUGACAUGCAUUUACUGGAUAUGGAAUCCAUGGGAAAGAGCUGUGAUGGGAGAGCUUAUGUUAUCACUGGCAUAUGGAACCCCAAUGCACCAACAUUUCUGGCACUUAAUGAAGAAACCCCAAAAGAUAAACGAGUAUACAUGACCGUGGCAGUGGAUAUGGUAGUCACAGAAGUGGUGGAGCCAGUCCGCUUUCUCCUGGAGACAGUAGUACGUGUGUACCCUGCAAAUGAGCGAUUUUGGUAUUUCAGCAGAAAAACUUUCACGGAGACUUUCUUCAUGAGGUUGAAACAGUCUGAGGGAAAAGGCCAUACCAAUGCUGGGGAUGCAAUAUAUGAGGUGGUGAGUCUACAGCGAGAGUCUGAGAAGGAGGAACCAGUCACUCCUACUAGUGGAGGGGGCCCGUUGUCACCCCAGGAGGAUGAAGCAGAAGAGGAGAGUGAUAAUGAACUCUCAAGUGGAACAGGUGAUGUGUCUAAGGAUUGUCCUGAGAAGAUCCUAUAUUCUUGGGGAGAAUUGCUAGGAAGAUGGCACAAUAACCUUGGUGCGCGACCAAAGGGAUUAUCCACUCUGGUGAAGAGUGGUGUUCCUGAAGCAUUGAGGGCAGAGGUAUGGCAAUUAUUAGCAGGCUGCCAUGACAACCAGGCGAUGCUGGAUAGGUACCGACUUCUUAUCACAAAGGACUCAGCCCAGGAGAGUGUUAUUACUCGAGAUAUUCAUCGUACAUUUCCUGCACAUGAUUACUUCAAAGAUACUGGAGGAGAUGGCCAGGAAUCUCUCUACAAGAUCUGCAAGGCCUACUCUGUCUAUGAUGAAGACAUUGGCUACUGUCAAGGACAGUCUUUUCUUGCUGCUGUAUUGCUGCUACAUAUGCCAGAAGAGCAAGCAUUCUGUGUUUUGGUGAAAAUCAUGUAUGACUAUGGUUUACGAGACCUCUACAAAAACAACUUUGAAGAUCUUCACUGCAAAUUCUAUCAGUUGGAGAGACUCAUGCAGGAGCAGUUACCGGACCUGCACAACCACUUUUCUGAUCUGAACUUGGAAGCUCAUAUGUACGCAUCCCAGUGGUUUCUCACUCUUUUUACUGCCAAGUUCCCACUCUGCAUGGUCUUCCACAUCAUUGACUUACUGCUUUGUGAGGGUUUGAACAUAAUCUUUCAUGUAGCCUUGGCUCUUCUAAAAACCUCAAAGGAAGAUCUUCUGCAGGCUGAUUUUGAAGGCGCCCUAAAGUUCUUCAGAGUCCAGCUUCCAAAGAGGUACAGGGCAGAGGAAAAUGCACGAAGGCUAAUGGAGCAGGCUUGCAACAUUAAGGUACCAACCAAGAAGCUAAAGAAAUAUGAGAAAGAAUAUCAGACAAUGCGAGAGAGUCAGCUGCAGCAGGAAGACCCAAUGGAUAGAUACAAGAGGGAGAACCGGAGAUUACAGGAGGCCAGCAUGAGGCUGGAACAGGAGAAUGACGACCUUGCUCACGAACUAGUAACCAGCAAGAUUGCUCUGAGGAAUGACUUGGAUCAGGCAGAAGACAAGGCAGACGUGCUGAAUAAGGAGCUUCUCUUGACCAAACAGAGGCUGGUGGAGACCGAAGAAGAGAAGAGGAAGCAGGAGGAAGAGACGGCUCAGCUAAAAGAAGUCUUCAGGAAACAGCUAGAGAAGGCGGAAUAUGAAAUCAAGAAGACUACAGCUAUCAUUGCCGAGUAUAAACAGAUCUGUUCCCAGUUGAGUACCCGACUGGAGAAACAGCAAGCAGCCAGCAAGGAGGAGCUGGAAGUGGUAAAGGGUAAAAUGAUGGCCUGUAAACACUGCAGUGACAUUUUCAGCAAGGAGGGUGCUUUGAAAGUAGCAGCCAUAAGCAGAGAGGACCAGGGGAUGGAAUCGGAUGACGAGAAGGACUCUCUUAAGAAGCAGCUGAGGGAGAUGGAGCUGGAAUUGGCACAGACCAAACUGCAGCUGGUGGAGGCCAAGUGUAAAAUCCAGGAACUUGAACAUCAGAGAGGAGCCCUUAUGAAUGAAAUCCAAGCUGCAAAGAACUCUUGGUUUAGCAAAACCCUGAACUCUAUCAAAACGGCCACGGGCACGCAGCCACUGCAGCCGCCACAGGCCACCCAGCCCCCCAAGGAGAGCACAUAGUUCCAGCCUCACCCAAGCACAGGAGCACAACGAUCAAAGCGACGGAAACCCAGGAAGAGUCCUGGUGUCCCUUUGAAAGGAAGGGAAGGAGGCCAGAAAGCAAGCCAGGAUCUUUCAGUAGCUCUCAAUCUUUCUCGAAUGACACUUUUCAAAGGGGUGUUACUUAAACUAACCUGAUUUAUGUUGAAUACCUGUGUUUGUGCUUCAUGGAAGGCCGUGUUCCGAUCCAUCAUAGUAUUAUUACACAUUAUUUUAUAUGCCUGAUGUCUGGUUGGAAAUAAGUAAUUCAGAGCUAAAUGCUUUUUAUUUAGAACUAAUUAUUCAUAAUUAUUUUUAUCUUACAUGAAAAUGGAGAUGUCUUUUAUUUCAAGGUUGAAUUGAUAGGAAGAUAUUUGUCACAGCAAAAAAAAAAAAGAUUGAAACCAAAACCUCGUAACUUUUCAGGACUUAUUCAGAUAAAGCACGCUGUGGGGCCAGCCAUGACCGUCAGGUUUCCUCUUGAAAGUGAUUCCCUGGACAGCAGUAAACCUAUCCGAAGGAAAGAACAGAUCUGGGGUCGGACAGUUCCCAAAGAGAAUUAGUUUAUUUUUAUUUUCUGUGGGGUACAUCUGGAAAUUAAGUGCCAAGAACCAUGGAAUAAGAUAGGCUAUUGAGAACACACACUAGAUAAAAAAGAACUGAGGUUUUUAUAAAUGCAGGAUAAAAUAAAUCACUUUGGUCCUGGUCUCCUAACAGGUCCUUUUCAGAAUUCCACAGGAGAAUCACAAGUUCCUAAGUAAGAAUACAGUUGUGCCAUCUGGCAAACGUGAAGUCAGAAGUGGAUAUUAUGAGUUUCAUCUUUAGGAGGCCUUUACCAGAGAAGCCUGAAAAGGCCCAGGAACAGUUACUGUGCUUAGAAUGGAAUGUAGAACCAGGGACAGAGUAUUUGUUUAAUGUUGACAUAUACUUUGCGAAGGAAACACUAAUAUACUCUAAGUUUGUUAAAGUUAUGAAAUGGGAAAUAGAGGUCAGCUUCAUAUCACCUUAAUUUAAUACUAGGCCCCUUUUUCUGAGUUCUGUAGCUUCUUAAGAAUGUGCCCUUGGUACCCCUAGAUGAACAGAUGCAGAUGCAUUUGUAACAUUUUCAAGUGCAUAUAAAACCUUUAUAGAAAUACUUAUCUCAUGGAAAGGCAAAGCUAUUGUGUAAAAGUUGAUGGAAAUAUUUUUUUCAAUUAUAUUUAACAUGUCUUUAUAAAUAGUCUUUGCAGGAAAUCCUUUGGUAAGGGAAAAACCAGUUUUCCCAUUUUUUAAGCUGUUUUGGAGGCCUUCGGUCCUUUUACGUCAACCAAACUACUGUCGUCUGUGUACAGUAACAUUUAUUGAUGCUCAUCCUUGGCUUCACUGUUGAACAUAUUCUUUGCAGAGGAUCUUAAACCCUGUAGUGGCAGAGUGACUCUCAUCUGUGCCAUAUGUUGCAGUUAAAAGUAACACACUCUUGGAAGUAAAAAUCAUGUAAGAGCCAUCUCAAGUCCAGGAGCAUGCACUACAAGUUAUUCAUGGUGGAUCCUCUCCUUUAAAAUAAUCAUUAAACUCUAAAAAGUGAAGUUCCCCUCAUCGGUAAGUGUUCGUAUCAUCUAUAGCCCAUAAAAUUGAUGUGGUUGUUUGUUAUCCUUCAUUACACUCAUCAAAUAAUACUUUUCUUACAGAAUUCCAUUUUUUUUUUUUCUGUCCUGACAUCUUUCAUCAUAGUUUUCAUUUCCUUUCACCCCAAAGGAAAAUAACUCAGCAUUCUGAGUAUCUGUGUUGACUUUAACAUUCCCUAUGUGGUGGUUUAGAAAAGUUAAUAUUUUUUUUGUAAAAUAUAAUGGCUAGAAAAUUGCAUCUUGGUACUUGUUUUUGUAAAUCAUUUAGUAAAAUUUGUUAGCUUUUCUGGUACUUUAUGCUUUGAUCCCAAGAAGCCUUGUACAAGUUGCCUUAUCAGAUGGCUAGCUAAAUUAAGGAUGUUCUUUUGUGUUUUGUGAAUCUCGUAAUUCUACUGUACAGAGCUCUUUUUACAUUUCACAGAAUGCCUAAGUUGCAUACUUUUCCUUAAAGGGUAGUUGAGAGAGAACUAGCUGUAGGUUCAGUUCUUACCUGUAGACCUGGCUCAGUUUUAUAGCCCCUAACAUUUGCUUCUUUAAACAAAAUCACCAGGUACAAACAUUGUAAACAUUUAAUCUGUUGCAUUUUAACUCUUUUAACAGAUUAUAAUGGCCAUCUAUAGAUUUUUCUUCCUCCUCCAGUUCCACAUCAUACUUGGGUAUGUGUAUUAGUAUUAUAGUCUAAACUGUCCCUCACUACAAUGCCCAUGGCUGAGUAGCAAUAGAAAAUACAGAAAGAAAGAAAAUUCAAAAGUUGGUAUAUGAUAUUAUUCAUACAAUGUUACAAUAGCACUAUCCCAAACCACAUGCCUUUCAACAUAUAUUGUUUCAUGCAUUCCAGCAUUAAGUAUCUGCUAGUUUUAAUUUAUCUCGAAGUAUAUUUGAGAAUUCAUAAUCUUCUUUUGAUUUUAGAAAGAGGUUGACCAGCUCAAAUAUCCAGGAAAAUUUCAAAUAUUUCAGAGAGUUUUUCAUCUUGUAUAAAACAUUCCUCCAAAAAUCCAACAUUUGCAGCAUUCUGAAGAGUUCUCCUUUCAUUAAAUUCUUCAAUAUAAGAGAAUGAAGUUCAAUUUGAUAAUUCAGUCAUUAGCUUUUAUAUCUUGAGAAUCUUAACACAUUCCUUAGAGCUGAAAGAAACCAAGUUGAAUUUUUCACUGCAUAUGUUUGUAGCUUCCCACAUCCUGAGCCAUGGCACAAUUUGGAUAUAUUUAAUUCCAUAUAAUUUAAUGCAAAGAAAUUCUGUUACCUAAUGUUCUGUAUAUGAGUGCCUAUCAGAAACACUAAUAGGAAUGUCACUUAGGCCUAUGGCCUACCUUUCCCUGCAACCAAUAAUUCUCCAUCCCUCCCUAUCCCAACUAUUUAGUUUGUGGUUUGUUCUUCAUUGGCUUUCUUAAAAUUUCCAUAAUAAAGUAGAAAUGUAAUCUUUGUACUGAUGUUGGGAUAUUUAAUAGUAUUUAUCUGGUUUCAUUGUUUUUGAAACUUUCAUCCUCUUAUACUAUGUAUUAACAUUUAUGUUUCUCAAACCCUUAUUCCAUUUUCCUAAAAUACUUUCCAGUUGAUAACUAGUAGCUUCAUUUCCUAGCUGAAGUGAGAGAAACAAGAAAAUACACAAUUUAGGGCACAAGAGAUGAGAGAUCCUUAAAGGAACGGACUCAUUUCUGAGGAUAAGAAUCACAUAUGUAACUAAUGUAAGGGAUUGAGUUUUCUUUUUCUUUAGUUGAGAUCAGUCUACUAAUUAUUCUGGUAAGGUGGUUGUCCAAUUUCAUGACUGUGUUAGGGAAAAAGAAGCUUUUAAAAAGUGAAUAUUUUCUCUCUCUGGCACAGAACACUUUUACUUAGUAAGAUCAUUCUGUUGUAUAACUUACUCUUAAAAAAAAAUUCUUCUCUUGCUUCAAGUAUAGGUAAACGAGAGCAUGAACAAACUAUUGUUUGAUUUGAAUGCUGUGAGAUUUGUGUGUGUGUGAUUGGUGAUUGGUAUAAUUUUAUACGGCUUAUCCCUGCCUCUUUGGUAUACCCUGGUACCGUUCAACUGAACAUGCACAUGGUGAUCAGAUACAGAAGGCCACACCCAGCUCGGUGGCCUGUGUUUCCUACCAGAUACAAAACUCUUGCCCUCUAGUUGCCAUGCUGAUGGUCACAUUGAACUGGAACUGCUGCAGAACAUCUUCCUGUCUCAUCGUGGCUUCCGUGUAACACAGGCAGAGCCCUUAGUGAUUUUCUUCUCUCUCAGGAGCGACCAGAUGAAACUGUGCGUGUGGGCUGCCCCUCGAUCGGAAAUGGUCACCUUGAGUUGUAAGGAGAAAAGUGGAGGUUUAUGAGGAGCUUAGUGACCAGUCAGCUGUCAGACAUUCCUGUCUUAGCUCCCAUCUCAAAGACUACAUGUCAAGCUCAGCUACAAGUGUGUUUGCUCCCUGCUAUAAAAACAUCUUCAUCAGCGUGUCCCAUUCUCCCUGCCUUCACCCCUGGUUUUUCAUUAGUGGUAUUCUGGAAACUUUUUAAGAAAAGAAUCAUUGAGUAGAAAAUGAAUAUUUUAAGUUACUUUCAUUUUUCAUUGGCAAUAAAUUAACAUGUAAAAUCUUUUCUGUUGAAAUGUAACUUUUAAUAACUAUAUAUUAUAUAUGGAAUAAAAUAUAGGAAACUGAAUGACAAGGACAUAAAUUCGUCAAGACUCUGGUGUCAUGAAAGCACAAGAAUAAAGCCUGGAAUUGGUCCCAGAAUCCAAGAUCGUAAUAGCCUUUGCAUCAGUUUCUCUAUUUUUGGUGUUCUGCAUAAUGUAUGGAUCCUUAAUUCAUAUAAGAAAGAAAGUUUCUCAGUCAGCCUCACUUCAUUUCUUUCAACUCCUACCUUUCCCUUGCUGAGGAGGUAGUAGAAAUUCUAUGCCAUCUGUUUUUACGAAUUCUAUGAUUUUGCCCAUGGCUUCUCCAAUGAAAACAGGUUCCAGAAUAAAGGAGUUGAUUAGCUCAAACAGUGCUAAUUGACUACGAAAUUAGUGAGCAGCCUCUCUCCUCUAUCAACUGACCAAUUAGAUGUUCCCAUUAUUCCAUGUAUUAUGUAUAGUACACUCUAUAAAUGUAAAUGUAAUGCUUGUUAAGAAAAGUGCAAUUUAUUGUACAUUGUCCCAACAAAUGUUUACUUUUAUAAUUGUUAUGAACUUGAAUUGGAUUAAUAUCUUGUUUUCAUGUGUGAAUGAAGCCUUGUGAAAUAAACAAAUGCAACCAAGAAGGUAGCAAGGUGACUGUUUUUGUGAGCCAGUGAUGUUCUCAAUGCUUUGUGUUGCCCCUUUGGCCCCAUUAAGCAGUAAUAAACAUUUGUUCUAAAAUCCA